AUUUUUUUUUAUUUAAUUUUUUGUAAUUUCUGAUUCGCUUUGAACCAAAAUUUCAUUCCACUCACCAGUGAUGCUGCUGCUCGGAGCGGGGUCUGGAAACCUGACCGAUCUGCGACCAUGGCCACGGAUAUCACCCGUCACCAUUGAGUUUCUUGACCGCACUGCGGGCCGCGACAAGCUGUACAGAACGCUGCAGUACGCGACGCGACUUGUGCAGUGGGCUGCGAGCGAAGACGUCGUGCUGCGUUUGCACCAAGCCGGGUGGAUUCAGAAGCGGAACGAUGACGCUCAGCACGGCAAGCUCGCUCCUGCUGCUGCUCGUCAACCGUCGCAUCCCGGAGAGGCAAGCGAAACAUCAUCGUCUGCGACCAAGAUGGGGUCUGAGUCGUCGGCAAGCGGCCGCGGUCGUCAGCAACCUGCCAACGGAUCAAGAUUGGCGCCGUCGUCGUCCGCCUCCGCCGCCGCCUCAGCCGCCAGCAGCAGUGGUCCAAACACGACGACCACGGCUCUCGCGCCGGCACCUCAUCGCACAACACCCUGGGACGACAGCACAGAGAGGUGGCGAUUGCGUGUCAUCCAGGCGGCCAAGCAGCUCGAGCAGUCCGUCUCGCAGGGUCGGCGGUUGUUCCGAUUGCUCAAGGUGCUCAACAUGUACCAGGUCUUUGUGAGCUACAGCGACCAGAAGCCGCUCGUGUUUGUGCUCAAGCAGCUACGCACGCUGAUCUAUGCCGCGUACUUUGUCCUGGAUAACAUUGUCUGGGCGUCCUCGUCGGGCCUGUACACGUUGGCGCCCGAGAAGCGCGUUCGGAUUGGAUCGCUCUCGUCCGAAACCUGGCUCAUCACGACCGUGCUCAGCUUUGUGAUUGACCUCAUCACGCACCAGACCACUGUUGAUUCGUUGCUCCGCCAUCUGGCCGACUUUCCGAUGGCGUUUACGCUGGUUCGCGGCAUUCGGCUGGGCGACGGUUGGAUUGGCGUGCUAGGCCUGAUUUCCUCGCUUGCUGGAUGCCACGCAGAAGUCACGAAAGCGCGUCGCGAUCUCUCAUCACGAAAGCUGUCGCGAUGAAAACGGGUUGUGUGUCUGAGCCUGCAAUUUUCGUUUGUCAAACAGUCUCACGUUAUCAAACUUGACGAUUGUUUUAAUUUUAAUCUGUAAAGUCCUGUAAAGCGCGCAACAACGCAGUACUGCUGGUCAAACGAAUAUGACCUUGAUGACAGUAAAGCCUA